CGAGUUUGUCAGAUGCUUCUGUCAAACUCAUUUGCAAACGAGUGAGGCUGGGGGAGGGUAAGGUACCUUGCCGUAUGGAGCCUGGGCGGUAAGACGCCCGUCAGCCCCUCCAUCCUUCCCUGGCGCAACGUGGGGUCAAGGCUCAAAUGCGCGAUGAUCUUCCUGACCGCAACAUCCAUAAACCCUUGAAUCCCAUUCCCAGCAUUUGUUCUGUCCGUCUUUGACCCAUCAUUCCCAUUUGCGAAGCGUUCUGCUGCAUUGUUUGCGACGCCUUGGCUCCCGACUGCUCCUGCCGCCUGUUGUUUGCCUACCUUACCCUCGGCCCCCCACACAAUUCGCGACUGUGCUGCACUGCUGUCACUCUGUGGCUUGCCCGACAUUAUUGACGCUUGACCUGCAUAUUCUUCCGCGACUGAACACGCGUAUUCCAGUGCUCCCAAUUCCGCGCUGCAAGACUUCUUCACCAUGGAGGCGGCCGUCGACAUCAGUCAGCUUCAGGCGUGCGGGCACGCUGUGGCUGGCCAUGCCGGCACUAUGCAGGACCCCGAUGGCAACCUGUUCAUCAAGCCUUGCACGAAGCAAGAGCUCGAUUUCUACCAGGCCGUCUAUGACAAAGCAAAGGAGGAGGAAGCUGUUGAAGAGGAGCUGGAGAACAAGUUCCUGGCCGAAGGCCUGAACCCCGAAGACAUUGAUGCGCGGAUAGACGACUGGCGCGACGAAAACCCCGAUGCCACGAAAUGGCGCGACCUGAAGAGCAUCAUGCCCGAGUUCAUGGGUAGUCUCAGCCUCAGCGGCUCGGCGGAUCUAGCAGUCAGCGAACUCGUCGCCGCCGUCGUGGGCGAUACGGGCGAUGCCGCCAAAGACAAGGAGCAGGCGGCCAAGUUAAUAGACAAGCAAGAGCAAGAGCAAGAGGCAUCUGAGAAAAUACCCGAGGAGUGGGUGCCCACCAACGGCGGCAAGAUCUCUACCGACAAGGCCAUUGUGCUGGGCAACUCCUCGGUUGGGUACAAGCACCCCAACAUUCUGGAUCUGAAGCUGGGCAAGGUUCUCUAUGCGCCUGGUGCGCCGGAGAAGAAGAAGCAAAAGAUGGACAAACUGAGCGCCGAGACGACCCAUGCCAAGUACGGGUUUCGCAUUGCGGGCAUGAAGACCUUCCGCGGGUCGACUGACGAGUCCCAAUUGAACGAAGAGGAGUACAUGGUGUAUGAUAAGGAAUACGGGCGCACCUUGGUCAACGACGAUACCCUGGUGAACGACAUUGGCAAGUUUCUGUUCAACGAGCGAGCGGGCAUCGACGAACCGCUGGCCAAGGCAGUGUGCCGGGCUAUCUCGCAAGAGGUGGAACGCGUCGAGACAAUCCUGUCGCGCAUCGGUGUGACCAUGUUCUCAGCGUCGCUGCUCAUUGUUGUCGAAGGAGAUGGCAAGGCGCUCAGGACGGCAAUCAAGCAGCACAACACACUCGCCGAGGCCCUGGAUGCUGGUGAACCCUCCACCGUCAAACUGGAGGAUCGCGUUGAUAGUGGCAUCGCGCUCCAAGACGAGGAUGACGACGAGGACGAGCUGGGUUACCCGCCAACCUGGUCCGUGAACCUGAUUGACUUUGCGCACGCGCGCUUCUUGAAGGACGACAAUGGCAAUAUCACGAGUGAGCCUGACUCCAACUUCAUGGACGGUAUAAGGAACGUGAAAGAGAUCUUCGCCAAGCUUGGGCGUGAAGCUUAGAAGUGAGAGGCAUACAUGCAGCGUUUAGUUCGAAUACCCAAUGCGUACAUACUAGAACAGGGUCCCGAUGGCGCGUACUCGAUGCAAUAUUGCCGUGAACGUGUUGACUUCCUAUGGUGGUCUCCAUAUCAACAUCACGACAGCGAUUUACCACAGCUACAAAGAGGCCGAAAGCUUGCGCGCAUUAGGGACUUGAGUUAUUGGCAGAUGCGUGUCAACAU